ACCCCGCGGUGGCACCGGGGACUGCUCUUGCCACUGGUGCACGGACCAGGCCAGGCCACACAUACCCCACGUCCAUGGAUUUUGUUGCUGGAGCCUUUGGAGGCGUCUGCGGCGUCGCUGUGGGCUACCCCCUGGACACAAUCAAGGUCCGGAUCCAGACGGAGUCCAAGUUCACAGGCAUCUGGGACUGCAUCCGGGACACGUAUCGCCGAGAGCGGCUGCGGGGCUUCUACAGGGGCCUUUCGCUGCCUGUCUGCACCGUGUCACUGGUCUCGUCGGUGUCGUUUGGCACCUACCGCCACUGCCUGGCGCGCAUCUGCCGGGCCCGGUACGGCAGCGCCGAUGCCAAGCCCGCCAAGACCGACAUUACGCUCUCAGGAUUCGCCUCGGGCCUUGUCCGCGUCUUCCUGACGGCGCCCACCGAGGUGGCUAAGGUCCGCCUGCAGACGCAGAAGCAGGCGCAGCCGCGCCGUCCCUCCAUCUCGAGUCCCGCGGCCGCGCCCCUGUUGUGCCCGGUGGCCCCGGUGAGUCCCGGUUCUGGGCCCAAGUACCGCGGGCCACUGCACUGCCUGGCCACAGUGGCCCGAGAGGAGGGGCUGCGGGGACUCUACAGGGGCAGCUCGGCCCUGCUGCUGCGCGACGGCCACUCCUUCGCCACCUACUUCCUCUCCUACGCCCUCCUGAGCGAGUGGCUCACGCCCGCUGGCCAGAGCCGGCCAGACCUGCUGGGUGUGCUGCUGGCCGGCGGCUGUGCGGGAGUCCUGGCCUGGGCUGUGGCCACCCCCAUGGACGUGAUCAAGUCGCGCCUGCAGGUGGACGGACAGGGCCCGCGGCGCUACCGAGGCCUCCUGCACUGCGUGGUGAGCAGCGUGCGUGACGAGGGCCCACGCGUGCUCUUCAAGGGACUGGCCCUCAACUGCGGCCGCGCCUUCCCUGUCAACAUGGUGGUCUUCGUGGCCUACGAAGCCGCGCUCAGGCUCACCCACGGCCUGGCCCCGUCGUGCCCCUGACCUCUGCCCCGACAGAGGGGCCUGGGGUUCCUGACAGGGGCCUCUGCGCUGGGGACCGUCCCCGGGAGAAGCCUGGGUGUUUGAUUCCUGUGGCCGCUCCCGAUAGCCGAUUCGGGGCCACUGGGCUCAGCCCCUCUCCCACCCAGUUCUCAAUCCAUCGUCCCCUCAGAUACUCGAGGGGUCUCUGCGGGCACAGCUGGGCCCAGCACAGCCCCAGCGCUGCCAUCAGCAAUAAAGAGUUUCUGAGAUGCGCAGUGGUUGUGUGUGUGGUGGCAGUGCGCCCACGGCGGGCUCCGAGCAGCCGGUGCCCGAGACCAGCCUUGGAUGGUGCCUGGCAGGAGGAGACCCCCUCUCCCGGCAACGCAGAGUGGAA